CUGAUCUACCCCGCCUCCCCGUCCCAACAGCACACCGACCUCUCCUCCUUCCUCUCCUACGCGGCGCGCACCAACCUCUCUCCGAACUCCACAGUCUACAUAGGCACACACUUCGAGUACACAGCGCUGAACGCGCUAGCCUCGUACGGCUUCUCGUUGAGGCGCGUGGGGGGCAGCUCAGACUACGGCAUCGAUCUGCUCGGAACGUGGUCGCUGCCGGGGCUGCUGCCCCGCCCGCUCAGGGUCCUGGCGCAGUGCAAGGCCGUGCAGCGGCCCGGCCCGCAUCUCGUCCGGGAGCUGGAGGGCGCGUUUGUCGGCGCGCCGGCCGGCUGGCGCGGCAGCUCCGGGGUGCUCGGCCUGCUGGUGACCGAGCGCGCCGCCACCAAGGGCAUCCGAGACGCCCUCGCCCGGAGCAAGUGGCCCAUGGGUUUCGUGGCCUGCUCGCGCGCGGGUAAGGUGGAGCAGGUGCUCUGGAAUGAGAGGGCUCAGGGGGAGGGGUUGGAGGGUGUCCUGGUCGGAAAGAGGUAUACUGCUACUGGAGAGAGAGAGGUAGCAUUGAGUUGGAAUGGUGGUAGUUUA